AUGACCACGGGAGCGCUGGUAACGACUUUCUUUUCUCUUUUUUUCUCUCUGACAUCCUCCACAGACUAUGAAGCAGACGGCCCACAACUAACAGCAACUAUGAGACGGCUAGCGGUAGUGAUGAUAAUUUUAAAUAUAAAUUACGGUCGCCUCCAUUGCUACCACACCGUGGACAUUGACGAGCCGCACACGUACACACCACCACGGCACUACUUCCAGACGUCCUCCUUCGACGACGCCGACCUGGGUGACGAUGCCACCGCCCGGAAUCCGCUCGACCGGGGGCCCUACUUUGACAUUUCUGCCUCGCGAAACGUCACCGCGCUUGUCGGCAACACGGCCUAUCUCAACUGUCGCGUUCGCAACCUCGGCAACAGAACGGUUUCCUGGAUCCGGCACCGAGAUCUACACCUGCUGACGGUCGGCAAAGCGACCUACACCUCGGACGCGCGGUAUCAAAGCGUACAUAAUCCGCAGCUCGACGACUGGUCGCUGAAGGUGUUGUAUCCGCAGCAGCGCGACUCCGGUGUGUACGAGUGCCAAAUCUCCACGACACCCCCGGUCGGCUACUCGAUGACGCUGUCCGUCGUCGAGCCCCUAACGUCGAUCGUCGGUGGACCGGACCUGUACAUCGAUACCGGUUCGACCGUGAACCUAACCUGCAUCGUGCAAUAUCUGCCCGAACCACCACCGCUCAUCCAGUGGAAGCACAACGGCGUGGAAAUUAAUUACGACUCACCGCGAGGUGGCGUGUCGGUGAUCACGGAAAAGGGCGACGUGACGACAUCCUAUCUGCUGAUCCAGCGUGCCCGCGGUGCUGACUCUGGCAAGUACACGUGCCUGCCGACGAUGGCCAACCCCACGACCGUGAACGUGCACGUGCUGAAUGGCGAACAUCCGGCCGCGAUACAACACGGACGCCAGAUCCGCAGCAAUUGUGUCCUGCUGACGAUGCUCUUCCUGCUGCUGAUGGCGAUAUCACCCGGGUGGCGAACCGGCGCUCGAUAAAUGGAACCGGCCUGGCACCACCACCACCACCAUGUACAUAGCACGAAAGGGAUCGAGAGGCCAAGUGGACGAUAUUGCGAUCCGGGAACCACGUGUCAGUUUCCUAAGGGUGUAGCAAAAGAGCGCACGAAACGUGGGCACGCAGGGCACAGGUGAAACGAGUGACCAAUAUGAGCUGCAAGUUGUCGAGUUGUGGAUCGAGUUUAAUGAUCGUUCGAAAGGGGUUUUUCCCGUUCGUUGUUUCGUCCUUUAGACAGAAUUUAAUUUCACCUUGUUUCCAACCUGCCACGGUUUGAAGUUGUGCCGAAGGCUAUUGAUUUACACUCACGGCGGCAGGUAUUAAACACGAUUAAUAGGCAUCUUUUGCUGGGGCUCGUAAAUCACCAAACGCGAUGGCACUUGAGCCGGCGGCGAAAAGCGACGCUUGGAACACGCGAAAAAGUGAAAAGCGCAUACCAUGGCCCCUUGAACGCGGGACAAAAACGGCAAAAUUGAACAAUCGCCUCUUUCGCCAAGGAUCGCAAAACAAAGUCGAAGAACAAAUACGGCUCACGCCAAAAGGCUCACGUCUUUAUGUGCCGCAAAACGGAAGCGAUGAAAAUAAUGCAGCAAAGAGAGGGAAAAAAAAUAAUAAGCGAAAAAGAGAAAAGAGUUCCACACCGGGGGGGAAAAUCGCGCUGUUUGAAUUUGCGAUUGUUUUGCAGCAAGCGAGAUGGUGGCGUGUUUUUUUUCCCUCUUCCUUUAGUCACAAUGAGAAAGGAAACAAACAAGGGAACACAACGGCACCGGCGGUUGAAUCGGCUCCCGGUGCAGGAUGGCGACCGAAACAGACGAAGUUGUGUCGUUCUAUUAUUUUUGUUCGCCCACACUUCUAGCCGUUGUUUCGAAGAAUGCCAAACUACGGCAAGGUGGCGCUUUGGUGGCUCGUUGGUCCAGGGAAAAAAACCGGGCCGACUCGAUGAUAAAUUAUUUGGAAAUGAGUCUUUAAUUUUCCGUCCCGUCAUGCCCCGGAGAAGUCACGAACAGAGUCGAGACCCUUCAACUCAUUGAUUGACGCUGGGAAAAACGAAGCGAGCGAAUUAAGUUCGGUGCUCAUGAUUCAAGCAUCUCGGUCAUUAAAAUCUCAUUUCUGUGCCACACGUCCCGGUGCCGGUGGCGUCGAGCUGCUCGGAAAGCUGCUACGCGAUUUUCCGGCUGCCGAGCGGGUGUGUAUGCGUUUUUAUAUUAAUUCAAUUAGCUAAUACCUUUCCAGUGGGCGACGUUUCGAUGCCUAUUGUAUGAGAGCCUGUUGUAGAGUUCAGUUAGCGAGGUUUGUGAGGAGUUUUGUUGGCAUAUAGCGCGAUAGAAUGGAAGCGGGCACAACAGCGGUUCAAUAGCUCAGAUUGUAUGAAGACAAUGCGAAAGGCAACCAGGAAGGAAAUAGGACGAAAACACCAACACUAUUUUGUACGUACUGGUUUUACAGACAAAUGCAUUCGCAAGCCACUCUCAACUGCAGGAACUGUAAUAAAAAAGGAAUUAAAAAAGGGCCAAUCCGUUGGUUUUCGCGUUCUAUUGUGCGUUUACAUAGACAUAAGAAACUCCCCCCAUCGAAGCAUACUCUAGCAUUCAUCGUCCUGGACGUGAGGCAAUCGCACGGAAGUUGUAAAUCGAACAAAUAUACUCAUGCAUCUCAUUUGUAUUAUCUGUUGGUUUAAGGACAAUCUCGAGAGAUACAAAAAAAAACGAAUAAAAAUCAAACAUUA